ACCUCUCGACGGUGCAAUCUAUCUCAUGUCCUGACCAAUGGGUACCUGCCGCAGCCUCUAACCGAUCAUCUGCUUCACUCUGGCGAAUGAGCUCCGCCCAUCUCGACAAUGUCGACAGAGUCCUGCCCUGCGCGGCAUGAACCAACAUUCUCCUUCACACAUGGACUCAUCGUAGGCCAGCUCUCCGUUGUUCUGAUCUUGGCCGUCUUUAUCAAAUUUUUCAUCUUUGGCGAUGCCCCGUCGCCGGACGUAGCCGCAUCACUACGAGCCACAGAGCGGAGAUCCAGGACAUUGGCGCACAAGCAAUCCCUGCUAAGACUGCGCUCUCCCAGCCAGCGCCACGGCCAGUCCCUGAACCGGAAGAAGUCCACCGUCCUCAGGAACCCCCCAACGCUAACCAUCGGAUCCAUCCUGAGCAAGACGUACUACAACGUCGACAGCCACCAGCCGGAGAGCCUCGACUGGUUCAACGUCCUGAUAGCCCAGACCAUUGCCCAGUUCCGCAGCGAUGCCCAGCACGACGAUGCCAUCCUCAACUCACUCACAAAGACGCUCAACGGGACGUCCCGGCCCGACUUUGUGGAUGAGAUCCGCGUCACGGAGCUCAGCCUUGGCGAAGAGUUUCCCAUUCUGAGCAACUGCCGCAUCAUCCCUGUGGACGAAGACGGCAUCAGCCUGGGCAGCCACGUGAAAUUCGAUCCCGCAACGGCAGCCCGGGACGGCACGCGCCUCCAGGCUCGCAUGGACGUGGAUCUGAGCGACAUGCUCACCAUGGCAGUCGAGACGAAGCUUCUUCUCAACUACCCGAAAAAGCUAUCUGCGGUUCUUCCGGUCGCCUUGUCCGUCUCCGUCGUGCGGUUCAGCGGGACAUUGUCCAUAUCAUUUCUUCCGAGCAACCCUUCUCAGUCGACGCCAACCAUGAUGGCCUUCAACUUUUUGGACGACUACAGGCUAGACUUUUCCAUCAGGAGUCUGCUCGGAAGCCGUUCGCGAUUACAAGACGUGCCCAAAAUCGCACAGCUUAUCGAGUCACGGCUGCACAGGUGGUUUGAUGAACGAGCUGUAGAGCCACGAUUCCAGCAGAUUGCACUGCCCAGUCUAUGGCCUAGGAAAAAGAACACCAGAGGCCCAGACGACGCCAUGGCAGAAGGAAGCACGGGCUCCAAGGGAAAGGAGAGAGAACCUUCAGUCGGAGGCGAAGCCCGGGAUCAGGCUACUCUACGACACCGCCGACCACUGGGGGACGAUGAGUAUUCUAUAGAAGGCUCACUACGCAGUCUCAGCAGGGAUGCGAGGAUCUAGAGCCUCGUUUUGAGACGGACAAUGCAGAAAAUGUAUAGUUAUGCGAGCUGAAUAAGCAAGAUUUGCGCAAGCAAGACAUGGAAGGGCAACAUCAAAAUCUCACGAUAAUGCUAAUAGGAGGCCUCAAUUUGGGAGUUAUCAGAUGGUUACAGCGGGCAUGCCCAUGGGAUUCAUGUUGAUAUUUUUUUUUCAGAGCUGGGAUUUACUAGCUCAUCAUGCAUAAGGUAGGUUGGACAAGGCAG